AUUCCAGUAAAAUCCACUAAUACCUGCCUUUCCGGUGGUCUAGAUCAUCAGGGUUGUGAGUGAGUGACAUGGGCCUUGCAAUCAACCCUCCAUCCAUCCAUCCCCUCAUCAUCAACUCCUAAUAUCAUUUUAAUAACAUUCCCGUAGGAGGGCAAUCUCAAUUACGCCACAAUAUUCACCUCCUUUACCGUACCGACCUGCAAUUCACUCGCUUUUUGUUAAUUUUGCACGCUCAUUUUUUUACUUCAUUUAACCACCUAUACCUUCUUCUUCAACAUUCAAAAACAUGACCGCAAUCACAAACACACACAGACUAUACAAACGAGACACCAUCGCAGCCGACGGAACUCGUGAUAUCGGAGGAGGUGCGAUUGCUGGAAUAAUCAUUGGAAUCGUGGUAGUUUGUGCAAUUUUGGCCGGCUUACUUGCUUGGAGGCUAUACACAUACAGAACCAAUCGUGAUUUCUUUACCGGGAAAUCAAAUCUCAAUUAUGGAAGUGCGUCAAUGUUAACUCCAGCAAAAGCAGGUCAUAUUCGAAGUACACGUGGUAUACGUAAAUUGAACGAUGAUACAGAUUCAGUUUUGGAAAUAGACGGAAACGAUCAUGCAACAGAGAAUGUUGAUUCAGGUGAUUAUAAUAGUGAAAAACACCUUAUCACAUCUCAACGUGAACAACAUCAAAAACUCACCCAAGCCGUCAAUACAAAUCAAGAAGAAUGGGAUCAACACGAACAACAAACAAAAGAACGUUAUCCGUCCGAAACAAAUCGUACUUCUUGGUGGGUACCUUCAUUCGGCAGAGCGAUCCCAAGAGAACAAGUUGAAGAGCAUAACAACGUUCAAAGCGAAGUUAUGCGACCUUAGAUCGUGCGUGGUGGUGGAAUAUUGUACUUUUUUCGUCUUCUCAACUACCUCUCCUCCUCCUCACUUUUACUUUGCGGCAAUUGCUUCUUCUUGUCGCGCUUUCGGUCCUUCAAUGCUGCUCUCAUUCAGCCCAUCGCAUCGCAUUUUGCGCCCAAUAUAUAUCCCGUGAUGGAACCAGUUUUUGUUCUUCUUUUAUGUACAUUAUAGUUUUUUCUCUUGUUUAUUUUUGCAAUUCGACGCUUUUUGUAAUAUGCACACCUUGAUACGCCGGAUCUGCAAUUCAUGUCAUGUGUAGUUAUACGCAAGUGGUUGUACACGAUGGCUGUGAGCGGUGAUUGUGCUCCCGCGAUGGCACCAAGCCCCAUCCUGACCGAAUAGGCCGACUUCCAUCAACCGAACCGAAUAGCAACGCAUCUCGCUUAAACUUAAAAAAGUGGCUAUGGAACGCUUUAUA